CUAAAAUCUUAUCUCAGCAAGAAGGUAAUUUGUGUGAUAGUAAAGUAUUACCUUCUCCAGUCCCUUAUCAAGCUUCCUUCUGGUUGGAAAUAAUCUUUCGUGGUCUAGUAUUUUAUUGGGUAUUUUUCUGCCAUGUCAGGUCCGAAUCCAUACAACGGAAUUCUGAAAAAGUUGGAAGCUUCUGGUGUGUCCUACAACUAUUACAAUCUUCCUGAAUUAGGUCCUCAAUAUGAAAAACUUCCUUUCUCAAUCAGAGUGCUCCUGGAAUCAGCUGUCAGAAACUGUGAUAACUUUGAAGUUAAAAAAUCUGAUGUAGAAAAUAUUUUGAAUUGGGAAAAGACUGGAAAAGAUAGCAGUUCUGUGGAAGUAGCUUUCAAACCAGCUAGAGUUUUGUUGCAGGACCUGACUGGUGUACCAGCAGUAGUUGAUUUUGCUGCUAUGCGUGAUGCUGUUAAAACACUUGGUGGUAAUCCAGAUAAAAUUAAUCCCAUUUGUCCUUCCGAUCUUGUUAUAGAUCACUCAGUCCAGGUUGACUUUGCUCGAGUUGAUAAUGCUCUACAAAAAAAUGAAGAAAUUGAAUUUGAAAGAAAUAAGGAGAGAUUCACAUUUCUUAAGUGGGGAGCCAAAGCAUUCCGAAACAUGCUUAUUGUUCCUCCCGGUUCAGGAAUUGUACAUCAGGUAAAUCUUGAAUAUUUAGCAAGAGUGGUUUUCACUGAUAAAUUGCUUUAUCCUGACAGCGUGGUUGGGACUGAUUCUCAUACAACUAUGAUUAAUGGCCUUGGUGUCGUCGGAUGGGGAGUAGGAGGUAUUGAGGCAGAAGCCGUUAUGCUUGGUCAAGCUAUUAGUAUGCUUAUCCCUCAGGUCAUUGGAUAUAAGCUAGUUGGAAAACUCAAUCAGUAUGCAACAUCAACUGAUCUUGUCCUUACCAUUACCAAGAAUUUGAGGCAACUAGGAGUUGUGGGAAAGUUUGUCGAAUUCUUUGGGCCUGGAGUGGUUGAGUUAUCUAUUGCUGAUAGAGCUACCAUCUCCAACAUGUGUCCGGAAUAUGGUGCUACUGUUGGCUUUUUCCCGGUUGAUGAAAACAGCCUUUAUUAUCUUUCUCAGACAAAUCGAGAUCCAGCCAAAAUAGAUGCUAUCAGGAAGUAUCUCCAGUCAGUUGGUAUGUUGAGAGAUUAUGCCAAUGCUGCACAAGAUCCUGUCUAUUCCCACAUUGUGGAACUCGACUUGUCGACUGUGGUUAGUUGUAUAUCUGGGCCGAAGAGGCCACAAGAUAGGGCCUCAGUAACUGAAGUGAAGUCACAAUUUUUAACAGCUCUAACUCAUAGGGUUGGUUUCAACGGAUACGGACUGAAGCCAGAAGCUGUGGGGGCGAAGGGCUCAUUCACAUUCGAAGGGCAUGAGUACACCCUUAGGCACGGCUCUGUCGUCAUAGCCGCCAUCACAUCAUGUACCAACACCUCCAACCCAUCCGUCAUGUUGGGAGCUGGUCUGUUGGCAAAGAAAGCAGUUGAAGCAGGCCUCUCUGUCUUACCUUAUGUAAAGACAUCUCUUUCUCCAGGUUCUGGAGUUGUGACCCAUUAUUUACAGGAGUCAGGUGUAGUUCCGUAUCUGGAAAAGCUUGGCUUCUCCAUUGUCGGCUAUGGCUGUAUGACCUGUAUUGGAAAUUCUGGUCCUUUGCCAGAAACUAUUAUAGAAGCUAUUGAAAAGAAUGAACUUGUCUGUUGUGGUGUGCUGAGUGGAAAUAGAAAUUUUGAAGGACGUAUUCAUCCAAACACAAGAGCUAACUAUUUGGCUUCACCACUGCUUGUUGUGGCAUAUGCGAUUGCCGGUAGAAUUGAUAUAGACUUUGAAACUGAACCUCUUGGUAAAAGACCUGACGGAAGUGAUGUUUUCUUGCGGGAUAUCUGGCCUCUCCGUUCAGAAAUCCAAGAAGUAGAGAAGAAGACAGUAAUACCUGCUAUGUUUAGAGAUGUCUAUGCAAGAAUAGAGAAUGGUUCCAACAGUUGGAGGUCCCUGAAUGCUCCUGACGACCAGCUGUAUCCAUGGGACCUUACGUCUACUUACAUCAGGAAGCCUCCAUUUUUUGAUGGAAUGACAAGAGAUUUACCAGAGAUUAAGAAGAUCAAAAAUGCAAAAGUGCUACUUUUCCUCGGUGAUUCGGUUACCACAGAUCACAUUUCACCCGCUGGUAGUAUCUCAAGGAAGAGUCCAGCUGCUCGCUAUCUUGCUUCUAAAGGACUCACACCUCGGGAAUUUAAUUCUUAUGGCUCAAGAAGAGGAAAUGAUGAAAUCAUGGCUCGAGGAACUUUUGCGAAUAUAAGACUUGUUAAUAAGUUCCUCAACCAUGCUGGUCCUCAGACAAUACAUUUUCCCUCGGGAGAAGAGAUGGAUGUGUUUGAUGCAGCUGAAAGGUACAAGAGUGAAGGAGUACCCCUGAUUGCUAUUGUAGGAAAAGAUUAUGGUUCUGGCUCAUCUAGGGAUUGGGCUGCUAAAGGACCAUUGCUUCUUGGAAUUAAAGCUGUUAUUGCUGAAUCAUAUGAACGUAUCCAUCGUUCAAACUUAGUCGGAAUGGGAAUUGUUCCUCUACAAUUUCUCGAAGGACAGUCAGCUGAAUCUCUUGGUCUCACAGGAAAGGAAAACUAUACCAUUAACUUACCAUCUGAUCCCAGACCACACCAGAAAAUCACUGUUGAGACUGAUAAUGGAAAGUCCUUUGAAGUCCUUGUAAGGUUUGAUACUGAAGUCGAUCUCCUCUACUUUAAGCAUGGAGGAAUCCUCAAUUGCAUGGUCAGAAGAAUGCUCAGUUAAAUUUAUUUUAGUGAAAUUUAUCAAAAAUUAUUCAUGACAAUAAAUUUUAUUGGAAAAAUAAUAUGUAGUGCAUAUUAUGGUUAAUAUGGUCAUGGUCUGAUGUUUUUGUAUUGUAUAAUAAAUAGAUGUAUAUUUUUAUAUUUAUGUGAUCUGAAUAUAUGGGGAUUGUUUAUUGUUAUUAUUCAGAUUUUAUUUUUCUUCUUCAUAUUAGUGUUAAUUAGCUAAUAUUACCUCAACAUGAAUAGUCAUUAAGAUUACUCAACCAAAUCAUUGUAAUAAUAAAAUUAUUUUUUCCAUUGAAUCAAAGCAUUUAAAAUUUAUAUUUUAUUUAGGUAUAGUAUUUGUUCUUGCAGAGUAAGAAUAAAGGAGAUUAAUGAAUUA